CCUUGCGACCGGUUCUCUAGGUGCCCAACGCGAGAAGAUGCCGGCCGUCGAUGAGUUCCCUUCCGAACGGAAGCAUACGAGCAGCUCUUACAGAGAUGAACUGGCUCAUUACAAAGCCCAGUAUGAGCAACUUGAGGCGGAGCUUGCGGACUUUCAGUCCUCCAGCCGGGAGCUGGAGACUGAGAUGGAGAAGGACAUUGAAGCUUCGGAAAAGCGGGAGCGGCAACUGAAGGAAAAGCUCGACACGUUGCGAUAUGAAGUCGACGAGUGGAAGACCAAAUACAAGCAGUCGAAAUCCGAAGGCAACGCUGUGCAGAACAACCUGCAGAAAGAGAUCACCACCCUGCGAGACACGAACCGUACUUUGCAGCUCAAGCUUCGGGAUAUUGAAGUUGCCAACGAUGACUACGAGCGUCAAGCCCGGAAUACCACCUCGUCCCUGGAGGACAUGGAAUCGAAAUACAACAUCGGCAUUGAGCGCGGGGUCUUGCUAGAGGAGGAAAUAAGAAAUGGGGAGCAGGAACGGGAGCAGCUGCGCAUUGAUAACCAACGUCUCCGAGAUGAGCUCUCGGAUCUGAAGAUUGAAGCCGAGAUCAUCCAAGAGAAACUUCGAAAUACUGAAGGACAUGGAUUCCGCCGCCGCAAGCCCACUCCUUUGUACCACCGCAGCCCAGCAACCCCGCAGAGUUUGGAGAUCUUUGACCGUUCACCUACUGCUACCUCUUCUCCAGUAUUUGCUACGCCCCCCGCUAAAUCAUCCCUUGCGUCGUCGACCGCUACCCCACCUUCGCCCCCUAUCUCCGAGUCGUCUGUGAACAUGCGCAAGUCAAUCAACCCCAACGCGAAUUCUACGCCUACAUUCCCUCGACAGAGAGCCGCUGGUGCAGAGCCAGUGAACUCCAGAACCCUUCACGCUCGGAGUCAACCGCGUACCACUCAUUCACGCACUCCUUCUUUCGCUUACAGCACCGGCACCGGUAAUGGUAAUGCCAAUGGCAAUGGUCGGUCUACUCCCUCCAUGUCGAUAUCGUCUCGCAACAGUUUGACGAGAAUGAAUACCUCACGGGCCCCGGGGCUUCCCAAGUCCGGAUCACUGUUCCAGAUCCGUGGUUUGAUUGGCAAGAUGCAGAAGCUCGAAGAGCGUGUCCAAUCAGCCAAAUCGCGACUUCCCGCCCCAUCCGAUACCUCCUCUCGCGGAUCCCCUCGUUCUGGGUCCGUGGUCAGCGAAAGCCCGGUCGUCCCCUCUUCGAUCACUGUUCGCAGCAAGCGGCUCAGUAACAGUAGCCUUGGUUCCUCAGCGCGGGAUAGUGAAAGCACUCCAUCUUACCCCCCACAAGGUCGCCAGUCAUGCGGACGGACAGGCGAGAGUCGCCCGAGCAGCCGAACUAGUUUCUCUAGCCGCAGCUCCUUCAGCCAGAGCGUGCACUCUGGUGUCCCCGUAAAUGCCCGGCCUGAAAGUCGCUCGAGCCGCCCCGGGGCCAAAACCCCAUUGGGUCACUACUCGACAAACCCUUUGAUAGAGGGCCGGCGUCCUCGGUCUUCUCUCAGCAAUCAUGCCGGCCAACUCCCUAACAUCGCUGGCAUGUCUCUCAUCGAUGAGGAUCAAGAUAUUACUACGCCAACAACAACUUCCCGCAUCUCCCAAGAAAUUCGACCCCCGACUCUAACUACUUCCCCUACCCCUAUAGUGAAGAAGCGAACCAUCAGCGGCAUCCCGGCCCCCCGAAGCUUCAAGACUAGCAUCGGACCUGGUCCCAUGCCGCCGCCAAGCAGGAAGUCCCAAGCCAGCGAUUUGGGAGAGACUUUUUAA